UGCACAGCGUAGCGCAGCAAGAGGCCGCCAAGCGUGCGGUCACGACGUCGUCCACAAGGGCGCACGGCCGGACAGAGGCCGAGCCCGCUGCGGCACGUCGCCCGCCCCAACCUGCACCCUACACUGCGAGCCUGGCAAGGCCUCAGAUGGCAAAUUCGGGUGCUCUCGGACAGCACCGCCCGGCGAUCGAGGGUGCGCCAAGUGCGGCCUCGGGCACGACGACGCCGUGGCACCGCUGCCGGAGCCUCGCCACGGCGUGUAGGAGGGGUACGAGGGGUGAUUCAGGACGCGAGAGCUGCACCGCCCUCCUCGCCCGAGGCCGAACGCUCACUCUUCUCAGCCGCUCAGCCUCAGCCAAGCAGGCUCCCGGCCCCCAGCAUCAGCACGCAGAGCGCAGACCAGCUUUCAGCGGUCGAUUCUGCCCAAGUAGACACGCCGCAAGAGUAGCAGCGCAGACACAGUCGGGCCGCUCGCGGAGAAGCGGCCGGCUGCCAGAGCCUCUCACGCGACCCGCGGCCGCUCGUCCAUCGCGCAAGGCGCGCCACAGGGGCACAAGCGCCGCAGCUCGGGUGCGCCGGCUUGCUCGCCUUGCCGCCUGGGGCACACGCCUGCCACACUUGGCGCUCGGUGGCUGUGAACGGCGGGACGCCGGCGACCUGCCCGCAGCAGCGCAGUGCGACUCAGGUGCCGCACGCGAUUUCUAGGCAAUCAGGCUGACGCGACGUCUGCAGAUUCACGACUAGACGCAAGGCUGGCUUUGGCGGUCCGGCGUCGCACAGGUCAGGACCAGCUGGGCAGUGGGAAGGAGAAGGGG